UUGUAGUUCUGCAUGUGACUUCUACAAGUUCAAAUCUGCUAGAAAGUUUUAUUUCCUACAGACUGCAUCUGGGAAACAGACAUCGAGAUGACUACCGCUGGGAAUGUGAUUAAAUGCAAGGCUGCAGUGGCCUGGGCACCUAAGCAACCCCUUAGCAUUGAGGACAUCGAAGUUGCUCCUCCGAAGGCUCAUGAAGUUCGUGUAAAGAUGGUGGCAACUGGGAUUUGCCGUUCAGAUGACCAUGUACUAAGUGGAUCAAUCAGUUCUGUGAAGUUCCCAGUGAUUCUGGGCCAUGAAGGUGCUGGCAUAGUGGAAAGUGUUGGCCCAGGAGUGAGAAAUAUAAAACCAGGAGAUAAAGUCAUCACACUCUUCCAACCCCAGUGUGGAGAAUGCAGAAACUGUUUAGAUCCCAAGAGCAACAUGUGCCUCAAAUCUGACAUUGGAAAACAUACUGGAAUGAUGUUGGACAACAGCAGCAGAUUUACAUGCAAGGGGAGGCUAAUCCAACACUUUGUGCAUACGAGCACCUUUACUGAAUACACUGUGUUGGAUGAAAUGGCAGUUGCUAAGAUACAGGAUGAUGCUCCUCUGGAUAAAGUUUGUUUGAUUUCCUGUGGGUUUUCUACUGGUUAUGGCUCUGCUCUGAACACUGCCAAGGUUAAACAAGGAUCCACAUGUGCUGUGUUUGGCCUGGGUGGUGUUGGUCUAUCUGUGGUUAUUGGAUGUAAAGUAGCUGGUGCUGCUAAGAUCAUUGGAGUGGAUACAAACAGUGAUAAGUUUGCCAAAGCUAAAGAAGUAGGAGCUACUGAGUGCAUCAACCCAAAGCAUUAUAAGGAACCUAUCCAUAAAGUGUUGGAAAGACUGACUGAGGGGGGGCUAGAUUAUUCCUUUGAGUGCAUUGGGAACACUAGUGUCAUGGCAUCUGCUCUUCUAUCCACCAACUAUUCAUGUGGAACAUCAGUCAUUGUUGGUGUAGCUCCUUCAGCAGCAGAACUGAACUUGAAUCCUAUGGAGAUACUCACAGGACGCACUUUGAAAGGAGCUAUAUUUGGAGGAUGGAAGGGGAGGGAUUGUGUCCCAAAACUGGUUGCUGAUUUUAUGGCAAAGAAGUUUGAACUGGAUGGGCUGAUAUCUCAUAGGCUACCACUGCAAAAAAUCAAUGAAGGAUUUGACCUCUUGCACAAAGGAGAAAGCCUUCGUACAGUUUUGUAUUUCUGUUGAUUCCACAUUGGAAGUGAUCUUCAGUGGACAGCUUCAAACGUUAUACAGAGGAAUCAACUCUAAGCAUACCUGGAGCACAAAGAUUUAGAGUAUACCAUGAAUAUAGUACUGAAAAGUGAAUUCCAUUUACUAAUUGAAAACAAUAAAAACACUUUCAUAAUGUU